AGAGGGAGAGACACCGUGAGGCACUGGAGACAUCAGAGACAUCAACAGUGACAUCAGGAUCUUCAUCUUCAGUUCAGCUGCACUCUGACCAUGAAGCUGCUUCCGGUCGUCCUCGUCCUGCUGGCGCCACUGUUGACCAGCUGCGACCCGCCGCUCCUGCCGCUGGACUGCAGCGACAUUUAUAAUCAUGACAACAGCCGACCCAGUGGAGUGUACACUACCUAUCCCAUCGGAGCCACAUCUGCUGUCCAGGUGUACUGUGACAUGGAUUCAGACGGAGGACGGUGGAUGGUGUUCCAGAGGAGGAUGGACGGCACAGUGAACUUCUACAGGGUCUGGGAUAAGUACAAGACCGGCUUUGGUAACGCUGCUGGAGAGUACUGGCUCGGUCUCGAGUCUCUCUACCACCUGACUCGGAGGAAAAAGUUUGAGCUGCUGGUCGACAUGGAGGACUUUCAAGGAAACAAAACGUCCGCUCGCUACUCCUCAUUCUCCAUUGCCUCAGAGUCCUACGGAUACAGACUGCAGGUUUCUGGGUUCCGUAACGGAGGAGCAGGAGACUCCCUGACUCGUCACAACGGAAAUAAGUUCUCCACCUUCGACAGAGACAACGACCGCUGGGCACUGGGGAACUGCGCCAAAUCCCACGUGGGGGCGUUCUGGUACAACAGCUGUCUCACUGCCAAUCCAAACGGUGUUUAUGGCGGUGGGGCUCAAAGCACUAUGACUGGUGUUGGAGUGAGUUGGUACAGUUGGAAAGGUUCUAACUACUCCCUGAAGACCAUCAGCAUGAAGAUCCGUCCUGUGCAGUAGUUCUCCAGGACCAACGUCCAGCAGAAAAUCAGCUCAUCUCUUCUUAUUUCUUUCUUUCUUUCUUUCAUUAAGCAUUUAAUCUCACGACAGGUCCUUGUUUUCCUGAAACUGCGUAUCAGCACAAGAAACCCAACUGAUGUCUGUGAAUCUUGUGUCCGUCUGUGACGUUUAAAGCAGUCGCAGCUCGCUGCAACGUGGA